AUGUUGAAGAAUAAUGAAAAAUCUUCUCAAAAAUCAUUCAUUGAAUCUGGCAAUACGAAAGAUGAAGAAAUCUUUAUUUCAUCAACAACUCCGAGGAGAAAGAUUUCCUCGUAUCUCUCUCAAGCUUCAACUCGUCGCAAUGUUAUAAAUGAUAAAACUUUUGCCAUAUCAAAAAUACUUUUCUGCGCUCUUUCGCUCCACUUCCAUCAUAAAAUUUAUGUUCUCCAUGAUGAUGAUUAUGUAGUUAUAGCUUUACCUUUUGAUGAUGUUACAGACAAUCUCAGUCUGAUGCGAAGAAAGAAAACGUAA